AUGACCAUAAUUGCACCAGAAUUUUGGAAUCCAACUUGGUCUCUUCAGGAGAGCGUUGGACUUCCCUGUGGACCUCCACCUUCUAACAAUCAUGAUAUUGUGUCUCAUGAGCUAGACAGUUACCAACAUGGAGAAGAGGUGGCAUACAGUUGUGCUGAAGGCUUUGGAAUUGAUGGACCAGCAUUGAUUAAAUGUGAAGGAGGAAAGUGGAUCCAGCCACCCACUUGCAUAAUAACAGAUUGUGACAAUUUCCCCAGGUUUCAAAAUGCCAUACCCAAAGAAGAGGAAAAAUAUUCAUACAGGUCAGGUGAACAAGUGACAUUCACAUGUGAACCUUCUUAUCAUAUGAAUGGAACCAACACUGUGACAUGUGUUAAUCACAAGUGGAUUGGAGAGGUGGUAUGCAAAGACAAUUCUUGUGUGGAUCCACCACUUGUGAAAAAUGCUACCAUAGUAACAAGGCCCAUAGAUAAAUAUCCACCCAAUGCAAAAGUACGGUAUGAAUGUAACAAAUCUUUCGAACUAUUUGGGGAAGUAGAAGUGAUGUGUCAAAAUGGGGUUUGGACAGAGCCACCAAAAUGCAAAGAUUCAACAGGAAAUUGUGGGCCUCCUCCACCUAUUGACAAUGGAGACAUCACCUCCUUCCCAUUGCCAGUAUAUGCACCAUUAUCAUCAGUUGAAUAUCAGUGCCAGUCCUUGUACCAACUGCAGGGAAACAAGAAAAUAACAUGUAGAAAUGGAGAGUGGUCAGAGCCACCAAAAUGUUUACAUGCAUGUGUAAUACGAGAAGAAAUCAUGGAAAGACAUAACAUAACUUUAAGAUGGAAAGAAAGGCAAAAGCUAUAUUCUCCAUCAGGGGAUGAGGUUGAAUUCCAGUGUAAAUAUGGAUAUAAAAAGAUAAAAACAUCACCUUCACUCCGUACAAAGUGCGUUGAUGGUCACAUCAGUUAUCCCAGUUGCUCAAAAUCACAUUAUUGGUUUAGCGGAUAAAUGAGUCUUUGUUUAGAAAUGUGCAUGAAUAUUAAUAAUGUAGUUUCAAAAAUUUAUAUUUGAAGCAUUGUUUAACUCACUUCUUCUUAUGAGUAUAAACUUGUAUUGAUAUAUGGUGAAAAAAUUGGAGCCUGAGAGAAAACUGCCUCAAAUGCAAAGUAGUUCACUCAAAACUCCUAAUGCAGAAUGGGCUGUGUUAGCACAAUAAUCAAUGCUAAUAAAAUAUAUGCAAUCACUUCAGUGUCUGUUUCUAUCCACCACUUUUCAAAUCUCUCCAAUCUUCCUUAAUACAUUUUGAUCUAAGACUCUGAUUAUUGAUGGACAAAAGUCAUAUUGUUUCAUCUUCAAAUUAGCAUUUAUCUCACAAAUAUGUAAUAAUCAAACUGUCAUACUUAAUAUUACCAAUGAAUAUAAAUAAUUGCUAAAUACUACUUUGUUUUAAUAAACAAAUCUAAGAAUCAUUUUGUGUGUGAAUUUCUGAAUAUGUUAAUUUGGCACAGUGACAUAUUCAGGCAGUUAAAAAAGGAAUUAAAAUUUAACUGGAUAUAGGGUUCUAUCACUGACAUAAACAUAUAAAUACUCUGUAUAACUGAUAAACAGGUAAUGAACAUGUACAUACUUUGUGGCUAAAUUAAUAAUGUAAAAUUAAUAAUAAAUAUAAUAAAAUUUAUUUUUAAAACCCA